ACAUAAUAUGAACUUGCAUUUCAAAUAACAUGACGCAUAGGUUUUUUUUUUUAAGGAGGAUUAUUUAAGUUUACAUUUCAAUCUUAAAGAAAACAAAUUAAUCUGUGAAAGUGUAUUUAACACUCAGCCAGACUUCCUCUCAUGCUCUUGUCUGAAUUUCAGCUGAGUAGUAAAAACAGCUUUACUGCAUUUACUAAAUUGAAGUCAGCACAGCUGCCUGUCAGCGCAUAAACUCCCUCAUUGGGCUCUUCAAUCCAUUAUUCUUCCCCCCACAACUCCAUUUCUCCGGGCUUUGCAGCUCGCCACGCCUCGCCUCGUUUUUUCUCAAUAGUUGUCAGAGCCUCGGGUCACUCACUAGUCGUCGUGAGGCAUCUUCCACUCCCUUUCUUUCUCUCUCUCUGUCUCCCUGUCCUCCACCUUCUCAGGCUCCAGCAUCCUUUUUUGCAAAGGCUGAGAAAACCGUGGACCGCGAAGCCGUUCGUAUAUCUGAGGUUGUUUGAGCUCUUUAUUAUUUGCCUGAGUGAGGCAGGAAAACAAACGCGAGUCUUUUCUCCUCAAAAGUUCUCUACUCAAACUCCGACCAUGUCCGGCGAAGACGCACCUGCCCAGCAGCAAAACGCCGAGGAGCAGAAGCAGCAGCAGCAGGAGACCAAGACGCCCGCCGAGUCCCCAAAAACCGAGAGCAAACCAGACCCACCCCCCACCAGCGCGUCUACCGAGGCUGCCGCCGCCGCCGCCGCCGCCGACACCACCCCAGCGCCCGCCGCCGAGAAAGCCCCAGAGGAGGACACGUUCAGCUACAGGGCUCUGGUGCUCACCGGUUACGGCGGGUAUGAUAAGGUGAAGCUCCAGGUGAAGAAGGGGAAACCGGCGCUCAAGAGCGGCGAGGUGAUGGUGCGCGUGAAAAUGUGCGGGCUGAACUUCGCUGAUCUGAUGGCGAGACAGGGACUCUACGACCGACUCCCGUCCCCGCCGGUAACCCCGGGCAUGGAGUGCUCCGGGAUCAUCGAGGCUGUCGGUGAAGAUGUGACCGACAGAAAAGUGGGUGAUAAGGUUCUGGUUCUAAAUCGCAGCGGUCUGUGGCAGGAAGUAGUAGUGGUGGCAACCACACACACCUUCCUGAUGCCCGAAGGCAUGAGCUUUGAGGAGGCGGCAGCACUUCCUGUCAAUUACAUCACCGCCUACAUGAUGCUCUUCGACUUUGGGCACCUGCGUCCCAACCAGAGUGUACUGGUCCAUAUGGCCGCAGGUGGAGUAGGCAUUGCUGCCACUCAGUUGUGUAAAACAGUGAACGAUGUCACCGUGUUUGGCACCGCCUCAGCCAGCAAGCACGAGGUCAUCAGCCAGGGUGGAGUCACGCACCCCAUCGACUACCGGACACGUGAUUACGUAGAGGAGAUCCGUAAAAUAAGCCCCAAAGGGUUGGAUAUUGUUCUGGAUCCUUUGGGAGGCUCUGACACCCAUAAGGGCUACAACCUACUGAAGCCAAUGGGAAAGCUCAUCAGCUAUGGUGCCGCUAACAUGUUGGCGGGCCAGAAGAAGAACCUGUUUGCGGUGGCCAAGACCUGGUACCAGCAGUUCUCCGUACACACCCUGAGUUUGAUCCAAGGGAACCGCUCGGUGUGCGGCUUUCACCUGGGGUACCUGGACUCUGAGAGUGAGCUCAUCGCUCAGGCCAUGGCAGUCGUUAUGGACCUGUACAAACAGGGCAAGAUCAAGCCCCGAAUUGACUCCACCUACCACCUAGAACAGGUCGGUGAUGCCAUGCGUAGGAUGCAAGAGAGGCACAACAUCGGUAAAAUCAUCCUCACCACCGAGCCCAUGAAGGAAGAGGAGAAGAAAGAGGAGGCCAAGAAAGAUGAGGAGAAGAAGAAAGAUGACAAGAAAAAGGACGACAAGAAGAAGGAUGACAAGAAAAAGGACGAGGCCAAGAAGGAGGAGAAAAAGGAGGAGAAGAAGAAGGAAGAGCCCAAGAAGGAUGACAAGAAAGCAGAAGAAAAGAAGGAAGAAGUCAAGAAAGAGGAGAACUGAGUGGCGAGAAACAUUGUGGAUGUGUUUUGUGUCUGUGUCAGCGGUUUGGGAGUGGUCUAAGUGUGUGUGUGUGUGUGUGUGUGUGUGUGUGUGUGUGUGUGUUAUAUAUGUGUGUGUGUGUGUGUAUGUGUGUAUGGAGGGGUGUAUAGUAUGAUUAACUGAAGCCCAGGUGAUUCCUGACAUUAGAUCUGCAUUUCUGCAAUCAUUCAAUCAACAGAAUUCACGCACCACUUAUGUUCACCCACACACUCAAACACAAACACACACACACACACACAUUAUACACCAAGGGAACACACCACUUUAUUGUUCUGUUGUAACCUGGUAGUAUUUAUUCUCAGUUUUACUGCGUCCUUUCUAACUCUUUCGUAUGACUGCAUGCCACCGAGGCAUGUUAGGGCAGUAUUAUCCUUUUUAUAAGUAUCACCACAGUGUUUACUCAACCAAUGUCUUUAAUUAUAUAACAAAAUAACCUUAUUCUGCACCCUUUAAAAUCGUACUACCAUAUCCUCUAACGUUAUUCCUGCCAAACUAAUGCACUAUAAAAUUAUUGUAUUCCACCGAAAUAUUCGUUAACUUUUCUAGACGCAAACCAAAAACCACCUUGUUCGCUCUCUACACCCCUCCGUGUGUUUGUGUAUCUGCCGCGAGACUGGGUUUUCCGUUCCCUUUUCGUUUCUGUUCUGAAGUGGGUGCGCUUGUUUGAUUUGUUGUACAUCAUCAAAAGUGAAAGAGCUUAUUUUCCUGCCCACCUUGGCACACAAAACAAGAGCACCCACCACCUACGCUCCCAUUGUUUAUGUUGUUUUCCCCCAUUGGGCCAGACUCACUGACAUGCACUCAAGCCCCGCCCCCCAGAGGAGUCAGGGUGGUUUCUGAUUGGCCGAGAGGGACAACAAGCUUCUUUCAUGCACACGCAUGUGUGCUAAAUUCACAAACACCCCGCCAACAUUACCCCAAAAACUAACAAGGGUGUCUUAGGCUUCAGCUGAUCAAUGUGCCAUGUCAUUAAAACGGGGCAAGUGCCAGGCUUUUAAUGAGUCUAGCUUGGCAAGCAGGACCAAUUAUAGAGAACAUUCUCCCAGCCUUUUUCCCAUCGUUUCUCUUAUAUCAGAUGUGGAUGCAUAAAGACAGGAGUGGCCUUUCAUUCCAGAACCUCCUCCAGGAUUCCUUAGGAUCCUGACGCUUUCCGCCCCUCAUUCCCGUGACAGCUUAACACGCGAUGACGCUGACCUGCACCUCGCAUUUAAAUAUGAUCUCCACUUUGGCUCUUCUAACUAUGCUUUCUCUCUCCCCGUUCUCUUACCCUUUUCGGCAUGUUGGUUGGCAUGGCAACAGCAGUUAGGUUAGUUAGGGAUGACAGUUAGGUCUCACCCCCACAUCCCAAACGGAUGCAAACAUACAACCGCUCACAUCUCCGCUGCAGCUUUUUUAUAUAAGAUAAACUUCAGUGGUUUUAUUUUAAGGCAUUUAGGAAUGUGACUACUCCCUCUCUUUGACAUGUCAAUCAAACCCACUGGCUCCUCCCUCUCCCCUGUUUCUCAGAUAGCAGUAAUCUACUGCCUCCGCUGGUGAUUUACAUGCAUUGCAGUGCUAUCAUUCAAGUAAUCAAGACACCUGCUGAACACUCUUUUUCGGUUCAUUUGAAUGAGUGUUUAUGUGAAACAAAACCAGAUCCCCCUAUUUUAUAUGUGUGUGUGUGUGUGUGUGUGUGUGUGUGUGAGUGUGUGUGAGUGUGUGUGCGUUUCUGUAUUUGUCCGUCUGUCCUUAGGUUUGUUGUUGGAUUUAGAUUCAAAUGUUCUUUCUUUCUGUCUCUCUACCUCCCUCAUGCUACCUUAUGCUACCGUCUGGCAUUUUAACAGUCUCUUUCUCUCCUCCUCUGUCAGUUUCUAACUCUCACCGUCACUCUUGAAUAUUCCGGCCCCCAUGAACGGCCUGCAUUGGUUUGCUAUCGUUUGCACUCAGCUUGCACUUAUAGAGAAUGGCGGUUCCACUCCCGAUCCACCGUAUCUCUGGUUCCCGUCCGGGUCUUCACUUAGACCUUCCGUUUCAGUCACAUUCUCGUUCUCCCACCAACACACUCGCUCUUUAUGCACCUCUAAAACUGAGAAAGAAGAGUUUGAACAUGCAUGGAGAUGCUCAGAAGGCUGCAUUGUUUGAUGCAUGUGUUUACAUAAUCACAAUAUGAGUGCAGAUAACCGUUCAGGCCCAGAAUGCACUGGGAUGGGCUUGGAACUGCCAUACUUGUCUGAAGAGUUACCUUUGUUCUGAUUUAUUAAAUCCCGAUCCGGUUUUUAGUUCCGGAUCCGAGGGGUUGAGUUUCAGUUUCUUGUUGUGUUCCGCUGGUUCUCUUCCUGUGUUCCUGUGGAUGGUGACUCAGAGCACCAAGUGACCCUAACUAACACUUCAGUGAAAUAUAUCCGUCCUCUUUGUAUUUUGUUUGAUUUUUUUCUUUUUUUUUUUUUCUUUUUUUUUUUCUUUUGUAUGUUUGUUUGUUUUUGUGGUCUGCAUUUCAGUAGUUUGAGUUCAAAAGGCUUUGCUGCAGUUCCUCUAAAAUGUGAUGAACCAUGUGAUUUUGUUGGUCCUGACCGAGUGUGCCAAACUUUUUUGUGAAGGUGUGACCUUCGCUAUAACUGUGCUUAAUGUACUGAAGAGAAAAAAAAAACAAAGAAUGAAAGAUGAAGAAAAAAAAACCUAAACGUCUGUGGUUAUUGUCGAAAUGACCUUGCAGUAAAAGAUCUUGAAAUUCUGAAUUCGCUCCUGUCGUGUGUGGUCAACUAUGCCCUGAAUAUUAUUGGUGCUGACUGAUCUUUGACUUUUUGUUUUCCGCUAACGUUUGAAUCCAUGCAAAACCUCUCGUUCUCACUGUGCCUCAGUCGUAGACCAACACCAGAUUGCCUCCACGCAUGUUUACACGUAAAUGCAUAUACAAACACGUAGACACUAGUUUGUCCCCAACGCCUUCUCAGCUCUGCUGUCCUGAAGGGCUGCAAUCUCAUUCCCACUGAUCUGAGAACCCCCCCCCCCAAAUCAGGUGUAAUGUUGUUUACGGAUGCACUUUUUGUGUAUCAUGUGGGUGUUCGUAGGUAAUUCGGCAUAUUUGAUAACCUAUGACCAGAGGUAACCCAACAAAAAGAUCCAGCAGCAGUCAGAACGAACUGAUUAAUGUCGGUUUAGUUUUCCAAGCCGUUUCAGGCCACAAGCGUUUGCUGACUAUUCUUUGUUUCCGCUUUUUUUGUUUCUCGAUGAAUGUGAUAUUAAAGGGAUAGUUCACCCAAAACUGAAAUUCUGUCAUUAAUUUCUCACCCUCAUAUUGUUCUAAACCUGUAUAUGUGUGGAACAUAAAAGAUAUUUCGAAAAAAGUGGUGUUUUUUUUUUUUUUUUUUUUAUCCAUGCAAUGGAAAUCAAUGGUAACCAAAAUGUCAAAAAUGUCUUCAAAGCGUAUCAUGUUUUGUGCUUCAUCCGCAGAAGAAAAUAAGUCAUACAUGUUUGAAACGACAUGAAGGCGAGUAAAAAAUGACAGAAUUUUCAUUUUUGGAUGAACUAUUCCUUAAACAUAAGUUGUAGAGCUCUGUUCCCAAGCAAAUCCCGCUGCGUUUUCAUUUCCAGAUGAUCUAGCAGCGACAUUCCGGUUCUGGAAUUGAUCUCGGCUGCUUAUGACAUCAGAGCGGCUGUUGAUUCGGUUUCGUCCCUGGUUCUGUCUGCGUUGGCUAAGGAUAAGCGCCGCUGGGUCCGUUCAGAGACCGUUCAGAGCACACACACCCAACAAUGACAUCUGGGCUGGGAAUGCUCACUUUAAAUCUCUCAAGGUUUAGACAUUAUUAUAGCAUGAUGGUUUGGAGAAUUCUUCCUCUUCCUUUUUCUUGGAGCACGCACAGCUCCACAAUGAGCUCAGCUGCAGGUGCGAGUGUCUCUCGUGGAUAUGGAAUUGUGCGACUGGGAGCCAGAGAGAGGCUCGGAUCGAGCCAAGCUGCUUCCUUCCUCAGUCUCUCAAUCCAAUAGUUUUCCCAGAACAGGAAACACCCCUCAGGUUUGCAGAGUGCAGAAUUCCUGCUACAAAUGCAGCCUUAACCAGCGCUGAAUCCUAUCACGUCUAGACAUUAUUUAUACGAUAUUAGAUAUACAAAUGUAGUGCAAUUUCAGUGUGCCUACAGUGAAAUGUAUUCAUUAAUUUAUGCAUUUAUAAAAUCACUAAUGAAAUGAAGCUUUGAAACCCUUUUAGGUCUAAAUUUAUAUAGCAGAUGUAUUUGCCUUCUCUUUGUCUGGCACAUACGAGAAACAGUGAGUCAUUGUGGACUCUUUCCCACACAUGCUCAGCGUAACUAUCUUUGUCUCGCAAAUGUACGCUGCACACAUCACAAUGUCUUGAUGCACUUUUUAUGUAUGUUUGGAUGCAUAUUUGCGCAAACAAAGUGUCAUGGUGGCUUUGGAGACUUUUUCGGAAAGAUCUCGAGUUAUGAAAGCAUUUGCACUCUGUAAAUUACAGUUCCAACUUUCCUGCUUGGCCUUUCAACUGAAGAGCCAAUCAGAGGCACCAGCUUGCAUUCCUGUACACUGAUUGGUUCUAAAUUCAAACCCCGCCCCUAACCGCCAGCAUUAAGGCUCCUCCCCUCCACACACGUCAGAGAAGCGCCACGGGUUGUUUGUGUUGUUGUUGUUUGUGUUUUUUGAAACCUUCCAUCAGAACCUUCUCCAUUUUAAUUUUGAGAAUCUGAAGUGCUGCUGUUUCUGUGCUCGACUCUGGGUUGGUUGGACUGCGUGUGGUCAUGAGGACCGUAGAGUUCAUAACGCUUCUGUGUGUGAUGUGACCAUUUUGCCUUACAUGUUUUCCAGGACUAAUUAAAGAGCAUAACUAAAA